UUCCUUUUCCUUACUUCCAUAUUCUUCCUUUUUGCUACAUGUUCUCUUGGCAGUGCUCCCGGAUUCCUCUAUCUUGGUCUCGUACGCAAUCACUAGGCUCUAUCAAAGAAGAGUCUGAAAGCCUUGAGGACGAACUACCUUCCGAAUCAGAUGAAGACGACGGUGCGACAGAAUCCGAUGGCAACGACUUUUCUGCACCAGUGCAGCGUUCCUCAUUACAGACGACGUCAGAGUCCGACGACUUCUCUGAUGCCCUCCAGCACCUCCUCUUGGAAAUGGAGGAAAAGAGACGCUCCGGAUUUUGUACUUCCAUGAUUCGACAGCCGUCUACUGAACACUCAUUUUUACGCUUAUUUCCUCAAAAUCUUCUGCCUACCGCUACACCCAGCAUGGAUCGCAAUUAUUCUUUCUCAACCGUGAGCCCUGCUUCGGAUUUCUAUUUCUCGCCAGGAUCAGAAGGCAAUACAAAACGUCCACGAGAAGACGCUCUUGAAGACAUUCGUAGUCCCAAAAGGAUUCAAAGAUGUAGCAGCCGACACUCUACCAUUACCGAUGAAACGACUCCUACGUUUCGAGGCUGGAAGCGCUCUCGUUCUGAACGAAAGGAUUAUGAUAUGCCUUCUCCGAGGAAGAAGGCCCGACCAACUCACUGCUCAUAUUCAGUUUCCCAGCCAGCAAGCCUACGUCGCGCGCAAUCACUCCGAGCCGACACUUUGUUGUCUUCUUCCUCAUCCGGCAGCUCUGGGUCGACCUCAAGAACAUAUACGCCCACCAUCACACCGACUGGCACUUUUCGUAUUCCCCACCUCGGGAACUCACCCCCUGAUUCCGAUUGGAUACCGACAGCACCAUCAUCGCCGGAACCUGUGCCUGUUCAGAGGAACACCUAUGCGCAUCUACCACCGGAGCUUUUUCUCCCUUCAAGGUUCGGUGUUACACGUUCCUCGCCGAGGGAUCCCGUCCCCAUUAUCGCACCUCCGUCAGAUCACACAGCGAUGCUGGCUUUGUCAUCCGAAGCCCAGGCUAAACGUCGGUUACAACUGUACGUCUCGCGGGAGCAUCAGCGUCAUCAGAUAUGGGAACUAGGAUGCCGCAACCAAACCUCUACAUUUGACGAUUGGGAGAAUGCCAUCGGCAUAGGCCAGAAGUUGCGGCGGAAAGUUGUAGGAUGGAUUCUUGAGGCCACCUUGCGACGCCAUGAAGGCGAAGAUCUACAUGACCAAAUCACGGCCCUCUCUACCUCAAGAGAGACUCGGUUCCAUGCGGCAUAUCUCUUCCUUCUCUUUUUCUUCUGUUCCGGUGGGACAGAGGGAGUGGAAUGUGAUGGCUUCGAGGAUACGGUGUGGGAUAUGGCCGUCGGUGCCGUUGCCGUUAGCGUCAAGUAUCAUCGGGACUUUCUCCCACCCCUCUUCCCUGUAUAUACUUCCAGCUUGCAGGCCCUUGCACCGCACGAGAUAGGAUUUGGUGACUUGGAGGGUGCUCAAGCUGACCUUCUAUCUGCCGUCGGCUACGUUCUUGGCGGGACGCCGGUAGGUGUCCUCGAUGAGUUGUUAGAUGCGCUGCCCUCGCUACGUGAAUUGUUUCCGGACGAAGGGGAAUGGAGCCGGGUGUUGAGAGAGACCUGGAGGUCUUUGAUGAUUUGUAUACUAGAGCCUGACAUCCUCAACUUCCCGAUAUCCCUUCUCUCAGCGGCAGCGGUAAGUGAGGCCGUUUUGGAUGUUUUGUUGCACCGGAAGGUCAGCAGUCGUGACAAGUAUAAGGAUGAGUUGCGAGAGGAGACUGAAGAGGAAGCGGAGGGCAUACUGUUAGAUGUCCAGAAUGUCCUGGGUAUCGGAGAGAGGGAGAUGCAUGAAUGCCGGGAAUGGAUUGUAGGGGUGAAAAGGGAUUGGUGUGAGCUGUAAGGAAUUGCUAUCGCUUCCUUCCUUGCUUAGUCAGGGACAUUUUCAUAUUUUUCACGACUUUCAGAUGGAUUGUAUUAUUUUGGGAUGUUCGAGGCUUAUCAUUGAUGUAUGGAAACGGUUGCUAUAGAUUAAUGUUGUACUUUCAUGUAAACGUACUCGUAUGCAAAUGCUAU